AUGCACUUUCGAGCAAACAACUUCGACAUUGAUAUUCUCGUCGCUGUACCUACAUCUGUUUUCCGUUCGGAUGCUGCUGCAUCCUUAAAAAAAAAUCGUCACCGCACACAGCAACCACAGACCGCCAAGCCCAUCACCAUGUCCAAGUUCUUGGCUUGUGAUAGUGAUACAGAAGAGUACUUCCCGGACAAGGAGACGAAGGAGGAAAGGGCGUGGAGAGAAGAGAAGCAGACGCUAGUUUUCGCUGGUUUCGUGCUCUUCGUUCUUCUGCUCGGCACGUUCUGGUGGAUUCAUCAAUUUAACUUGUUGAAGGAGGAUCAGAAGGAUUACUGCGCUCCUGACGCCGUCCCGUACAGAAUCCAGACAGGCGACACGUGCCAAAAGAUUGGGGACACGCGAGGCAUCAGCGUGGACGACAUUUUGCGUGCGAAUCCGGCCCCCCUCUGCGAACACCUUUGCAAAGGCAGAUAUAUCUGCGUUCCUAAGUGA